AGUCGAAACGUUUCUAUUCAAUUUUAUAAUUAAAAAAUUGAUUAACCAAUAUAUUUGUCUUAUUUAAUCUAUAAAUAUUUUCCUUCCCAAAAAUUUGUCCGUCAUUCCAUCGCUCCGCAUCCGGCGCCGCUUCAUCGGUGGGAGCUGAACAUGGACGAUGACGACCUCUACUGGCCGCCUCCUUCGACGAACGUGGACUACCUCAGCAAUCUCCCGGAUUCCCUUCUCCUCCACAUCCUCUCCAGCCUCACCGCCCACAACUCCGUCCGCACCUCCGUCCUCGCCCGCCGAUGGCGCAACCUGUGGGCCUCCGUCCCCAUCAUCUUCUUUGAUUACUAUGAUUUCCAUCCGGAUAUCGUGUCGGGAGCCGAAGAGAUUGUCAAUCGAUUCAUCGCCUCCCGCAGAUCCUCUUCCGCUGUUUUUUCUCUUUGUAUGAACUUGAACCUUAUAUUCCCUGUUACCUGGAUCGAGUAUGCCAAAUCCCAUGGUACUCAAUCGGUGACCCUCUACCUAUUCUAUCAUCCUCUGCAAACUUCUAUAUUCGGCACUCUGUUCAACUGGUCAUCGCUUUUGGUACUACACUUACAAUUCGACUUUGCUUGGCCUCGGGUGGACAUUCCUCCCGGAUGCAUCGUCUUGAGCAAUCUCAAGACGCUUUCCCUUAGAGUUGGGGUAUUCUCGGACGAGUCCAUGAGAAUGCUGCUCGCUUCCUGUCCUAACCUAGAAAUUCUGUUUUUGGAUUUCUCAGAAAAUUAUGAUGCCGCUAUCGAAAUUGCAAUACUGAAUCUUCGCAGAUUGGUCCUUAAAGGCACUAAGAGCAAGACGCGUAUCAAUUGCCGGAAUCUUGAAUCUUUAUCCAUUGAUAGCAGUUCUUAUCUUCAAGAGUUCCAUGUCUACGCGCCAUCCCUGGUCUGUGUUCAUUUAGCUCAAUUUCGAUGGUGCCAUAGAUUAGCUUCGAGUUUACGCAAUGUGGCAGAGCUAAGCAUAUCUCUUCUAAGUCUUCCUGCUAACCUGGCGGAGCAUUUGUCUAUGAUCGAAAGCUUUAAAUUGUUUCAUAAAAUAAAGAAAUUGAAGAUCCAUUUGCAUCUUCGUUAUGCGUUUACCAUGCAAUUGCUCUUUCUUUUUCUUCGAGAGAUUCCAAAUGUCCCCUCACUCCAUUUAGUCGACGACACAUUUAACGAGGAGCAGUUUUUGCCAUUUUCACUUAUGAUUGAUGCUUGGAGAGAGUCCUUACAAAUUAUGCCCUACAGGAGUUUAAAUAACCUCAAAUUAGUUUUGGUCGAAAUCGAAGCUGAAAGGGUUGCAUUAACAACCGUGGAGAUGCUAUCUGAGAGAGUUCAAGAAUGGGACAGAGUAGAUGUAAGGUGCAUUGAGUAACUAAGAGUUUUGUGAAUACUUUUAUACAAACAUACUACUUGGAAAUAGUAGUUUUUCUUUUCAAUCUCCUCAUUUGAAUCAACAAAGUAUAGGUCAGCCUUGGCUAGGCUACCAUUAAUGUGAUUUUUCUCUUAGGUAUUCUGAGUUUGGUGGUGAAUAAGACAAUUAGUUGUGAGAAAUUGUAUAUAGACAUUGUUCUGUCUUUACUCUAGAAUAGUUGUGACUUGUGAGAAAUAAUAGAGUUCAUAUCAUAUCUCUA